CGAGCCAGUGCACACGCAGAGCUGACACGCUCUCCAUGCCGCUGGGCAGCCGCUGAUCACGCGUGCCCCCCCUCGCCAUUGGCCGCCGCCUCACACACCUUUGCAGCGGAUUGGCUGCCGCCAGCUCCGGUCUCCCCCUAUGCCGAGCUGGUGGAACCGCCAGCUGAAUGGGCAGAUGCGAACAAAAAGAGGAAAAUCAAGGCAGCGGCGAGAGCGCGCCUGGGGUGAAGGCUCUUGUCAACAGCUGCAGCAGGAGCAGAGCAACUCCCAGCAGGGCCAUGCCGAAUUUCGCAGCUUCCCUCUAUCAGCCAGCUGAGGAAGGAAUAGAGAUGAUUACCGAAAAGCAAAACAAUAAUAGACAUUCCUGGAACAAUACCGCUGAAAAGAGUGAUUUUGAAGCCGUAGAAGCCCUUAUGUCUAUGAGCUGCAACUGGAAAUCAGACUUCAAAAAAUAUGCCGAACUGAGACCUAUAACACCAGCAUCUGAUAUGUCAGAAGAAACUGAUGAUAACCUACUACCUGGUGCAGCUGACUUUCAUGCAAUACCAGCAUUUUGCUUGACUCCACCCUACAGCCCUUCUGAUUUUGAGAUGUCUCAAGUAAUUCAUCUGCCAGCAGCAGCGCCAUCUGCUGUACAAUGCAGAUUAUUCUCUGAUAUUUCAAAGCCUGUUCCUUCAGCAACUUUUAAAGAGACUGAAAAGUCUCCAGCAUCAAGACCAAUGAAAGCUCAAGCAACAAGUGUUAUUCGCCAUACGGCUGAUGCUCAGCUUUGUAAUCACAGGACAUGUCCAGUGAGAGCAGCUAGUGUAUUGAAGUAUCAGGACAAUCUUUCAGGGGAAACAACUAUACAGAAUAAUGGAACUGCAAAACAAAAUCUACCUUGUGCAAUUGUGUCAUCAGACAGAGCACCUUACAAAAGUGACAAACUGCCAGUUUUUGAAGAAAAAACAAAUACAGCACUAGCUGCCAGUCCAUUGUCCCUGAUCCAGACUUCAACCAGUAGACCUCAGCCUGUUCCUGGAUCAGUACAACAGUCAUCGAUGAUAGUAUCUUCACCUGCUGUGAAAGCGAAUCGUGUUUCACCUGUGCCAGUAAUUUGCCAGAUGGUUCCUCUGUCUACUAACAACUCUGUUGUGACAGCAAUAGUGCCCAACACUCCUUCUAGCCAACAAUCAACCCUUUGCCAGCCUAUGGUGUUCAUGGGAACUCAAGUUCCUAAAGGUGCCGUUAUGUUUGUUGUGCCCCAGCCGGUUGUGCAGAACACAAAGGCUCCAAUCAUUAGUCCAAAUGGCACUAGACUCUCUCCUAUUGCUCCUGCUCCAGGUUUUACACCUUCUGCAGCAAAAAUCACUCCACCAAUUGACUCAUCAAGAAUAAGAAGCCACAUUUGCAACUAUCCAGGAUGUGGAAAGACUUAUUUCAAGAGCUCUCAUUUGAAGGCCCAUGUGAGAACACACACGGGAGAAAAGCCUUUUAGCUGUAGUUGGAAAGGCUGUGACAGGAGAUUUGCACGAUCUGACGAACUGUCUCGGCAUCGCAGAACGCAUACUGGUGAGAAGAAGUUUGCUUGCCCAAUGUGUGAUCGGCGGUUCAUGAGGAGUGACCAUUUAACAAAACAUGCACGGCGGCAUUUGUCAGCUAAGAAGCUACCAAACUGGCAAAUGGAAGUGAGCAAGCUAAAUGACAUUGUUGUGCCACCUGCAUCUACACCUGCGCAGUGAAAGAACUCCUGAAAAGUUACUGGAACUAACUGUUGUCACUAUGGUAUACCACCAGUGAUGUAUAAAAGCUCCUACUCCAGGUCUGUAGUUCUUCAGUGCCAGCUGUUGAUGGCACUACAGCAGAGAGGCAAAGGCAGUCAGUGCUUGGUCACAGGAAAUGCUACUGAGAGAACCAGCAGCUAACAAUGGAAUGUCAGGUUCUUUUCAACUUGAUGAAAAGAGAAAGAGGUUGAAGGUUUGAGAGCAGAGCAGCACAGGUAGCAAAGGGUUUUGAAUUUAUGCAGAUUACUUGUGUGUAUUAUAGAGUGGUCAGAUAUAAGUCAUGCAGAGCUGUUGGCUGAUGUUAAUGCUUGAAACCAACUGAAAUUACAGCUUUCAAAGAUGUAAUGAGUUUUCAGUGGAGCACAGACUAGAGAGAAAUAUCAAUGUAUGGUACAGACUUGUAGGUCAGAAAUGCAUCUGUACAAGAGACAGGCAUUGAGGUUCAGCACCUCUUGUUACAGUAUUUAAUGUAUCAAGUAUAUCAGUCAUGCCAGUUUUACAUUACUGUCCAAAUAUGGAAUAGAUUGAGUGCUGCCAUGUGGCUAGAGAGAGCCAAAAGUACCUAAAUCCCCAUAAAUUUUUUAUAAUAUAGAACGCUAAUACUAUUUUUGCUAUUCCUCUUGAAAGCUCAUGAUUAUUGCAAUUGGUUAUAUAUAGGCAUCCUAUGAUGGCUUCUGCUUUCCAGUUCCUUAUGUUUUCCUUUGUACCUUUCAAAAUUCCAUACCACUGCAUUUUUCGUAAACACUGAGACAGUGUUGUUGUUUUUUUUAAUGUAACUAUAAGAAUAAUAAAUUACGUGGGUUUACUAAGAAGGCAAGAAUGAGUAUGUUAUGCUAAGCUACUUGGAGGUGAUUUUUGAAGAUGAUUUCUAUUAGAGAUAAAUGGUCUUUAUGUAAUAAGGAUAUAAUCUAUACUGUAUAAAAUUAGAACAUUAGGAAUUAUUUGUAAAGUAAACAUAAAGCAGUAAAGACACCAGCCUUGAAUUAAUACUGUAGAUUUUGUGACAAAUAAUGCAUCAACUUUCACUAACCAUAUUUCUGUUGUAUCUUACUAUGUUGAAUACACAAAUAUAGACAACUAAACAGUUGGAUAAUAGUGUGUUAGAUAAUCUUUUAUGACUACUUUAAAAUUUUGCACAAUACGUAUGUCAUACUUUAUACCUUGUUUACAAUAAAGAACAAUUGUAAUACAGA